AUGAGCGCCAACCCCCAGUGGGACGUCAGCCGGGCGCUGGGGGUGGCCAGGCUCUUCCAGCUGGUGUGCGGGGUCCGCGAUGGCUCCGUGAGCCCGUUCCUGACCCUCUACCUGAGGCAGCUGGGCCUGGCCGCGCCCUGGGUGGGCGUCCUCAUGGGAACCAAGCACCUGAUCGCCGCCUUCUGGGCCCCCUUCUGCGCCCUCCUGGCGCAGAGCUACCAGAAGAGGCGAGCGCUGCUCACCGGCUCGCUGCUGGGCUCGGUGGGCGCCAGCCUCCUGCUGGUGCUGGUCCCGCCGCUGCCCACGGAGCCGGGCUCCGGUCCUUGUAAUGGAAGCGCUCGGGUGCCGGCCACGGCCCCACCGCCGGGGGUCUGGGCCGCUGCGAACGCCACCUGGGCCCUGGAAUCUGCCUCCAGCCCACCAGCAGGGGCGCCAGGUCUCGCCCGCAACUGGACCCCGGGCCCGGACGGACCCGGCCGGAGCGACCAAGACUCGGUGGGGCACGUUCACGGCGGCUACUUAGCCAGGACUACCUCCCACGGGCUCCUGACUCCAACUUCAGAGGAGGACCUGAACACCUGGGAAGGUGCCUAUGAGGUGGUCAACACAGCCCUGGCUCUGCUGCCCGCGGAGGGCUCCGGACUGGCAAGUCCAGCCAACUGGUCGACCACCGAGGGGCACGCCAAAGCCCUUGACCUGUCCCUGGAAGGGCUGCGUUGGACUUUCAUCCUCUCCUUGGGGUCCGUGGUGCUGUGGGAGCUGCUGACGGCCCCUCUGGAGCAGGUGGCCGACGACAGCCUUUACGAAUACCUGGAUUUUGUGGACGCCACCGACCGGUACGGGAGCCUGUGGGUGUGGAGACUGCUGGGCGUGUCAGCAGGUGCGUGUGGCACCGCGGCCCUGGUGGAGCAGCUGGGCUGCUUCCUGGUGAGCAGCGGCCCCCAGGGGGCGCUGCACUUCUACGGCUACUCGGUGGUCAGUUUCGUGGCCUUGCUGGUGAGCAUCGCCUUCCCUGUGCCCAAGUGCCUGCGGCAGGAGCCCCGCUACAGAACCAUCAAGGCCCUGUCUGUGAUGGGAGGCGCCCCCCGCCUCAUCCUCCUGGCCCUCACCGUCUUUCUGAUGGGCGCCGUCACCAGCACGGUGCAGAACUUCCUGUUCUGGCACAUGAGGGACCACGGCAGUGGCGAGCUGGUCAUGGGCUUCUCGCUGGCCCUGGGCUUGCUGGGAGAGCUGUCUCUCCGGCCUUUCAAGACCGUGUUGCUCAGCAAGGUGUCCAGGCUGGGCAUGGUGGGGCUGGGGCUGGGCUGCCUGGCUGGGCAGCUGCUCUACUACUCUUUCCUCUGGAGCUGGUGGUCCGUGCUCCCCGUCCAGGCCCUGAGCGCCAUCAGCGGCGGGGCCCUGUGGUGGGCCGUGGUUGCCUCCAUAGAGGACCUGGCCACGUCCGGCACGGAGAGACCCCUGACCGCUAUGUUCCGGGGCCACCUCUACGGCGGCGGCUGCAGCCUGGGCAGCUUCGUGGGAGGCUUCGUGGUGAUGCACUUUGGCCUGGCUGUGCUCUACCAGGCCUGCUGCGUGGCGCUGCUGCUCUGGCUGGCUCUGUUCCUGGCCAUCCAGCCUAGGCUGCCCCAGGAGCGGAAAAUCAACUACUCGAAGCUGCUGGCGGUGGAGGCGAGUGACACGAGUGACUCGGAGCCGGGGCUGGACCAGGACUGGUUUGUGAAGGCCGUGGAGGAGGAGCAGUCUCACGGGAAGGGCUGA